UGUGACGCAUCCACUUAAUGACGACAGGGUCUUUCCAGUAUGUAAAGUGAUGUGUGUGUUGACUACAUAUGCUAUAUUAUCUAUAAAUACACUCUGAGUUGGAGAGACUGACAGCCACAGACAGCUGCAGGAACUGCUACCGAUGUGGACAAGCUAGCUGCCCCAUUACCCAACCUCAUCUCUCUCUCUCUCUCUCUCUAUCUCUCUCUCGCUCUCUCUCUGGACUGUACUGUGAAAACAGGCAGUACUGUGCUGUCCUGUUGUGGGGAGCGAGCAGGGAUCAUACCCUCGUCAUUUUAGAAAUCUUUCCCGCAAAAAAACAUCUACAAGUUGAUAGGAUGUAAGAGAGGACCUGAAGAGAACCUAACAGAAAAAAACAAGAUGGCUGCCUUAUCGAUAGACCCGGUGGAACAGCCAAGGAUGUACCAGCAAACCCUGCUUCAGGACGGCCUCUGUGACCUGCUGGAAAACCAUAAGUUUGUAGACUGUGUCUUGAAGAUCCAGGACAGGGAGUUCCCGUGCCACCGCUUGGUCCUCGCUGCCUCCAGCCCCUUCUUCAAGGCUAUGUUCCUGUCCAACCUGGAAGAAGGAGGGAAGAAGGAAAUCGUUCUGAAAGACGUGGAGCCUGGCGUCAUGGCGAUGAUACUGCGUUACAUCUACACCUCGGACAUCAACCUGACAGAGCAGAACGUCCAGGAUAUCUUCAUGGUGGCCAACAUGUACCAGAUCCCGUCCAUCUUCUCUGUCUGUGUCUCCUACCUACAGGAGAAGCUGGUGCUGGGGAACUGCUUGGCUAUCUUCAGGCUGGGGCUUCUGUUGGACUGUCCCCGCCUGGCUUUCACAGCUAGAGAGUUCAUCUGUGAGCGUUACCAGCUCAUCGUCAGGGACCAGGAUUUUCACCAGCUGGGCCCCAGCGAGCUGGCAGCCAUCAUCACCUCCGACGCACUCAACGUGGACCGAGAGGAGGUGGUGUUUGAGUCUCUGAUGGACUGGGUGGGCUACGACAGAACGGAGAGGGUGAAGGAGCUGCCAGAUCUCCUGCACUGCGUCCGCUUCCGCCUGAUCCCGGUGGAUUACUUCACGGAGAAGGUUGAAAAUCACAAGUGGAUUCAGGCCAACACGGAGGUCAAGAAAGAGCUGCAGCUGAUCAAAGACGCCCACAAAGGACGACUCCCAGAGGUCCAGAGAUCAAGGAACAGGAAGUCCAAGAUGGCAGGUGACAAGGAAGAUGAAGAAGACUCUGAUGAUGAGCAAGGUUUGCUUCCGGGGAUUCUGAACAAUAACCCUCGGUUUGGGAUGUUUGAGACGGACCUGAUCCUUAUGAUCAGCGACACGGGGAGCGUAGCGUAUGACCCGGUGGGGAACGAGUGUUUCGUGGCGUCUGAGUCGACAGAGAUCCCUAAGAACCACUGCAGUCUGGUAACCAAGGAGAACCAGGUGUUUGUGGCUGGAGGAUUCCUCCUCAACGAGGACAACAAGGAAGAACCACUCAGUUCCUACUUCUUACAGUUUGACCCUGUGAGCGGCGAGUGGCUGGGGAUGCCCUCACUGCCAGGACCUCGCUGCCUGUUUGGGCUGACUGAAGCAGAAAACUCCAUCUUUGUUGUGGGCGGCAAGGAAAUGAAAGAGGGAGAACACGUUCUAGACUCUGUUAUGAUCUAUGACAGGCAGUCAUUUAAAUGGGGCGAGUCAGACCCUCUUCCAUACACAGUCUAUGGUCAUGGAACUGUCUCACACAAUGGCCUUGUCUACGUCAUAGGAGGAAAGGCAGAGAGCAAGAAGUGCAUACGGAAGGUGUCUGUCUACAAUCCCACUAAGUUUGAGUGGAAGGAGCUAGCUCCUAUGAAGCUGGCUCGUUCUCUGUUCGCUGUGACGGUCCACAAUAACCAGAUUUACGUGGCCACGGGCGUUACAGACACAGGACUCACCAGCACUGUAGAGGUCUAUGACAUCGCUACAAACAAGUGGUCAGAGUUUGUAGAGUUUCCCCAGGAGCGUAGCUCCAUGAACAUGAUCAGCAUGGGAGAAUGUCUGUACGCUGUGGGCGGUUUCGCCAUGAUGCCCAGCGAGAUCAGCGAAGAGCCACAGCCCACUGAGAUGAACGACAUCUGGAGAUUUGAGGAGGACUGCUGGAAUGGGAUUUUGAGAGAGAUCAGCUAUGCCGCAGGUGCCACGAUUCUCGCUGUAAAGCUCAAUACACUUCGUCUCACCAAGAUGUGAUCAGCUCUAUAAAUAAAAAAAUUAAAAGAACAUUGGAGAUGUUCUCAAACCUAGAAUGCCAUGUGUUAGAACACGGCUGGAGGAAAUGCCAUUUGUUAGAACACGGCUGGAGUAAAAGCCAUGUGUUAGAACACGGCUGGAGUAAAAGCCAUGUGUUAGAACACGGCUGGAGUAAAAGCCAUGUGUUAGACCACGGCUGGAGGAAAAGCCUUCUACACCCCCAGUAACUCUUCAGCAAGACGGUUGACCACCGUUGCUACUCUUCUCAUGGCAACGAGCCUCUUCAAAUAGGUUGCUAUGAAAGUUGUCUUUAUUCUACUGUAUCAAAAUUAACAAUUAGUUUAUUGGAACUGAGCUAAUGGUAAUUGUUUUGACGGUUAGUAUACGAUUUGUAUAUUACUUUUUGUUUUGUAACAUGCUGUUUUUCUUUUAUUGUUUAGCUUCUUUAUAUGAAGCACAAAUAAAGAUUAUGAAUGA